AUGAUGAGGAGAAAGCCAGCGGCGGUGGCGGUGGCGCAGCUGCCACAGCGCAUGCUGGUUGUGGCUGCUGUUGUGCUGCUGGCGGUUGUGCUGGCUGUUGCGGGUGUCGAAGCACAAGCACAGCAACAGCAGGAACAUCAGGAACUUCAGCAGCAGCAGAAACAGCAAGGACAGUCGCAGCAACAGCAGCAACAACAGUCGCAGCAGAUGCCGCCUUGGCCACAGUACAGGCGGUUUGCGAAUCGAACAGGGUACAUGGAGAGCAUGACCUUCAACGAGCACCCGACCAUCAAAUGGGCGUUUGAGGUGCGUCAGGGUGUCGUGGAGGGCUCCUUUGCCGUGUCCCAGGACGCCAUCUUCUUUGGCACGACCAGCGGCAUGGUUCACGCCUUGGACCGCACAUCGGGAGAGUCGCUGUGGAACAUGACGACGAGAGGGCCCAUCGUGUCCACUCCGUGCUUGCCGCUCCUGGGCCAGUUUGUGGCCGUCACGUCGCUGGACGGCAGCUUCUACAAGCUGGAUGCUGCACACGGGUACUUGGCCUGGCGCGAUGUCACGGGCGCCGCCAUCCCUGCCUCGCCCCUUCUUCUCCAGGACGACCACCACGUUGCCAUUGUCAACGAGGAUGGCUUGGUCAUCAUGUACGACACGCGCGCUCUCCACGUGUCCCGUGUGUGGACGUUUGAUACCAAACAGCAUGUGCAGGCCAGCCUUGCCUCGGACGGCUCUGUCAUCUUCGUUGCCACCAUGGCAGGCACCGUCAUUGCCCUCAGCCAAGCCCAUGGGAUGGAGCUGUACCGCGUGGCGGUUGGCGGCGCGGUGUGGAGUGCACCUGCAGUGAGCAACUCGCUGUCCAUGCUGUAUGUGCCGACCGAUGACUACAGGCUCCACGCCAUCCCCAUCAACGACACCGCUGACCAGUGGACGGUGCAGUAUGAGGUGACGAGCGGGUAUGGGUCAAUUACGCCGGCGCUCGACGACAACAACACGCUUGUGUUUGGCGGCUGGGACUUCAACAUUCGCGGAUACAACGCGUGCACGGGGGGCGUCAUCUGGUCCUUUUCAAUUGGCAACUGGCUGUUUUCGUCGCCCAUUGCUGGUCCUGGCGGCGCUGUUGUCUUUGGUGGCCUCUCCUCCCCCGUCACCUUCCUCAACGCCUCCGCUGCCGCCCCAACACCAGCACGCCCGCGCAUGAAGGGCCAGGUGUUCUCGUCUGCGGCGGCAGAUGCCAACGGCACCGUCUUCAUUGCACACAGAAAUGGAUUCGUGUACGCCAUUGAAGCUGCGCGUGCGCGCGGGUUUGCGGACCGGGGCAUCAUCGUGGUUGCCUCCAUCGCUGCUGCGCUGCUUGUCAUCGUCGGCGCCAUCGCCUUUCUACUGCCACCUUCGCUCUCGCUCGGUCCGCAGUAG